AGAAAUCCGGCAGAGGUUAAACUAAACUGACAGGUAGAGCGAGUUCAUCCGCUGCGAAAGGUUUUCCUGCAACGACUUCUGCACAGCACGUUUUACAGGUGGAGGGAGUGCCACUAAGAAAACUCUCUGAGGUGAACGUACGGGCUCUAAACGGCUGCUGAUGUCCUUUAUCAGCAAACAAAGUUUGAGCAGGAAAACUAAAACAGUUAAAGUGUCGCAGAAAAGAAGGAAAGGAUGUUAAAAUCAGCGUUCUCUGUGUUUCUCUUCUGUUUGCUGCGACGUCUGGACUGUACAGUUUCCCAGCAUGCAUCAGAAGUGCAGGUGUAUGAGGGGGCGGAGUCUGUCCUGCUGCCCUGUCAGGUACCAGCUGAUGUUUCCAGUGACUCCACAGCUGUGGUGUGGAACCGUGAUGAGUUCACGAUCCCAAUGGUCCACAAGCGUGUGCAGAGCAGUGACGAACUUACAAACCAAAACCUUCGUUACCUCGGUCGAACAUCAAUGAGAGCCACCGCUCUGCAGACUGGAGACCUCAGCCUCACUCUGAGGAACCCCACAGUCUCUGACAGUGGAACCUACACCUGCACCGCCCGCAAGGCUGGAGACGAUCUGAAGGAGAUCCAUGUGCAGCUGAAGGUCUCAGAAUCUCCUCCCCGCUGGCCCAUCGUUGUGGCGUUCGUGGUUCCUGUGCUCCUCCUGGCUGUUCUCUUUGGUGCCCUCGUGUACCGUGCAAAUAAUAAAGUAAAGAACAGAGCAGUCUCCACGCUGAAAGCAGAGAAGGUGACAGAGGGGGCGGAGUCUGUUCAACUGCCCUGGAAUAGGAAAAAAGAUCUGCCUGCUGCUGUCAGAGUGAAGUGGACACUUAAACAACCCAAACAUGGAGAGAUCUGUGAGUGUGUGAAGGAUCAGACAGGUCAGUGGAAGCUUGAGCCUGGUCCUGGUUAUAAAGGCCGUGUACAGAUGGAUCAGCUGACUGAAGGAGACUUCACCCUGACUCUGAUGAGGCCUCGCUGUGAUGAUGGAGGUGUUUACUUGUUUGUCGUCUACGGCCAGGAUGAAAAACCCAUUAAUGUGACAAUAGUGGUGCUGUGGGUCAAAGAGACCUGGUGGAAAACCAUCACAGGCUUGUUUGAGAGGAGAGCCUCCGACCCUGAAGAAGAUAUGUGGAGGCUAAGUGAUGCAUUAACUGAGAUGUUUGAGAACACGUACGGAAAUGAGGUGGAAGGUGAAAAUGCUCCUGUGAUGUUGGAGAACUUAGAUGGAAGGGAGAAUGCUGAAGAAAUUCAUCUGCUGAACGGUCAACCAUAGUGAUGUGUUGAAGGACGAUGAAAAAUAGAAGAACCAAAUGCUCGUCACUUUGCUGAGCUCCAGAUUGAUAACAAUAAAGCUGACUUUACAGAGAAA